AUGGUAAGUAGGAUACUUGCACUUGUGGCCUUUUUGGCUCUCGCCCAUGUUUGUGAAUUCGCCCAAAUCACAAACCUUCCGGGAGCACCAAAUGUCAAUUUCAAGCAAUACUCUGGAUAUUACAAUGUUGGAACUAAGAAGAACCACAUGCUUCACUAUUGGUUCGUUGAAUCGCAGGGUAAUCCAGCCACUGAUCCAGUGCUUCUUUGGUUGACUGGAGGACCAGGAUGUUCUGGACUUUCGGCACUUCUCACCGAGUGGGGACCAUGGAAUGUGAACAAAGAUGGAGCUACUCUCUCAAACAACCCAUACUCAUGGAACAAGAACGCAUCGAUCCUGACCUUGGAAGCCCCAGCUGGAGUUGGAUAUUCCUAUGCCACUGACAACAACAUCUCAACUGGAGACGAUCAAACUGCAAGUGAGAAUUGGGAAGCAUUGACCCUUUUCUUCCAAGAAUUCACUCAAUACAAAGGAAAUGAUUUCUACGUUACUGGAGAAUCCUAUGGUGGCAUUUAUGUUCCAACUCUUGUUCAAACCAUCCUUGAUCGUCAAGACCAAUACCAUAUCAACAUCAAGGGACUUGCCAUCGGAAACGGGUGUGUUUCUGAGAACGAAGGAGUCGAUUCUCUUGUAAACUUCUUGUACCACCACGGUGUUGUCGAUGAGGCCAAAUGGCAAAACAUGAAGAAGACCUGUUGUCACAAUGACACCGAUGCCUGCCCAUGGCACUCGUUCAGCGAGUUCUCAUCUUGCGGAGAAUUCGUUGAAGCCACCCAGCAGACCGCAUGGAAUGGAGGACUCAACCCAUACAACAUGUACGCUGACUGCGUUUCCUACAGUGCUAGUUUCCGAUUCGCCAUGGAAUACGAGAGAAGAUUCAACAAGAAGUACACUCCAGAGGUUCUCGGAACUGUUCCAUGUCUGGAUGAAAGUCCAGUUACUAACUAUUUGAACAGACAAGAUGUUCGAAAGGCUCUCGGUAUUCCAUCUUCUCUUCCACAAUGGUCCAUUUGCAGCAAUGCCAUUUCAUACGGAUACAAGAGACAGUAUGGAGACAUGACUUCCCGUGUUCUCAAUGCUGUUAACAACAACAAUUUGAAGAUGAUGCUUUACAACGGAGACGUCGACUUGGCUUGCAACGCCUUGAUGGGACAAAGAUUCACUGAUAAGCUCGGUCUUACUCUCUCCAAGAAGAAGACCCAUUUCACUGUACAAGGACAAAUCGGGGGAUACGUCACUCAAUACAAGGGAGGACGAGUUACAUUCGCCACUGCUCGUGGAGCUGGACACAUGGUGCCAACUGAUAAGCCAGCUGUCGCCGAGCAUCUUAUUCAUUCAUUCCUGUUCAACAAGGCUUUCUAG